GGGCGCGCGCUCCAGCCCCGGGGUCCCCGCGGCGCCGCGGCCCGAGGCUCCCGGCAGCGCAGCAAUGGCCGUGCGCAGGCUGGGGGCUGCGCUGCUGCUGCUGCCGCUGCUAGCCGCCGUGGAAGAAACACUGAUGGAUUCUACCACGGCGACGGCUGAGCUGGGCUGGAUGGUGCAUCCCCCAUCAGGGUGGGAAGAGGUGAGCGGCUACGAUGAGAACAUGAACACUAUCCGCACAUACCAGGUGUGCAAUGUCUUUGAGUCAAGCCAGAACAACUGGCUGCGGACCAAAUUCAUCCGGCGCCGUGGCGCCCACCGCAUCCACGUGGAGAUGAAGUUCUCAGUGCGUGACUGCAGCAGCAUUCCCAGCGUGCCCGGCUCCUGCAAGGAGACCUUCAACCUCUACUACUAUGAGGCUGACUUUGACUUAGCCACCAAGACCUUCCCCAACUGGAUGGAGAAUCCAUGGAUGAAGGUAGACACCAUUGCGGCUGAUGAAAGCUUCUCCCAGGUGGACCUGGGUGGCCGCGUCAUGAAAAUCAACACUGAGGUGCGAAGCUUUGGUCCCGUGUCCCGCAACGGCUUCUACCUGGCCUUCCAGGACUACGGUGGCUGUAUGUCCCUCAUUGCUGUGCGUGUAUUCUACCGGAAGUGCCCCAGAGUCAUCCAGAACGGUGCCAUCUUCCAGGAGACGUUAUCGGGGGCUGAGAGCACUUCACUGGUGGCUGCUCGGGGCAGCUGCAUCCCCAAUGCUGAAGAAGUGGAUGUGCCCAUCAAACUUUACUGCAAUGGGGACGGCGAAUGGCUGGUGCCCAUCGGUCGCUGCAUGUGCAAGGCAGGCUUCGAAGCUGUGGAGAAUGGCACUGUCUGCAGAGGUUGUCCAUCAGGAACCUUCAAGGCCAACCAGGGGGAUGAGGCCUGUACCCACUGUCCCAUCAACAGCCGGACCACCUCCGAGGGCGCCACCAACUGUGUAUGCCGCAACGGUUACUACAGGGCUGACCUGGACCCCUUAGACAUGCCUUGUACAACCAUCCCCUCGGCGCCCCAGGCUGUGAUCUCUAGCGUCAACGAGACGUCCCUCAUGCUGGAGUGGACCCCACCCCGAGACUCGGGGGGCCGUGAGGAUCUUGUCUACAACAUCAUCUGCAAGAGCUGCGGCUCCGGCCGGGGCGCCUGCACCCGCUGUGGGGACAACGUACAGUACGCGCCCCGCCAGCUGGGCCUGACCGAGCCACGCAUCUACAUCAGUGACCUGCUGGCACACACGCAGUACACCUUCGAGAUCCAGGCUGUAAAUGGCGUCACCGACCAGAGCCCCUUCUCACCCCAGUUCGCCUCUGUGAACAUCACCACCAACCAAGCAGCGCCAUCGACUGUGUCCAUCAUGCACCAGGUGAGCCGCACUGUGGACAGCAUCACCCUGUCGUGGUCCCAGCCAGACCAGCCCAACGGUGUGAUCCUGGACUAUGAACUACAGUAUUAUGAGAAGCAGGAGCUCAGUGAGUACAACGCCACAGCCGUAAAAAGCCCCACCAACACGGUCACCGUGCAGGGCCUCAAAGCCGGCGCGAUCUAUGUCUUCCAGGUGCGGGCACGCACCGUUGCGGGCUAUGGGCGCUACAGUGGCAAGAUGUACUUCCAAACCAUGACAGAAGCCGAGUACCAGACCAGCAUCAAGGAGAAGCUGCCUCUCAUCGUCGGCUCCUCCGCGGCUGGCUUAGUCUUCCUCAUCGCCGUGGUCGUCAUUGCCAUCGUAUGUAACAGAAGACGGGGGUUUGAGCGCGCCGACUCCGAGUACACCGACAAGCUGCAGCACUACACCAGUGGCCACAUGACCCCAGGCAUGAAGAUCUAUAUUGACCCUUUCACCUAUGAAGACCCUAAUGAGGCAGUCCGGGAGUUUGCCAAGGAAAUUGACAUCUCCUGUGUCAAGAUUGAGCAGGUGAUCGGAGCAGGGGAGUUUGGUGAGGUAUGCAGUGGCCAUUUGAAGCUGCCAGGCAAGAGAGAGAUCUUUGUAGCCAUCAAGACCCUCAAGUCGGGCUACACGGAGAAGCAGCGCCGGGACUUCCUGAGUGAGGCAUCCAUCAUGGGCCAGUUCGACCACCCCAAUGUCAUCCACCUGGAAGGGGUUGUCACCAAGAGCACACCUGUCAUGAUCAUCACUGAGUUCAUGGAGAAUGGUUCCCUGGACUCCUUCCUCCGGCAAAAUGAUGGGCAGUUCACAGUCAUCCAGUUGGUGGGCAUGCUGCGGGGCAUUGCAGCCGGCAUGAAGUACCUGGCAGACAUGAACUACGUGCACCGUGACCUCGCUGCACGCAACAUCCUCGUCAACAGCAACCUGGUUUGCAAGGUGUCUGACUUCGGGCUCUCACGCUUCCUGGAGGAUGACACCUCUGACCCCACCUAUACCAGCGCUCUGGGUGGGAAGAUCCCCAUCCGCUGGACAGCACCGGAAGCCAUCCAGUACCGGAAAUUCACCUCAGCCAGUGACGUGUGGAGCUAUGGCAUUGUCAUGUGGGAGGUGAUGUCCUACGGGGAACGGCCCUACUGGGACAUGACCAACCAGGAUGUCAUCAACGCCAUUGAACAGGACUACCGGCUACCUCCGCCCAUGGACUGCCCGAGCGCCCUGCACCAGCUCAUGCUGGACUGCUGGCAGAAGGACCGCAACCAUCGGCCCAAGUUCGGCCAGAUUGUCAACACGCUGGACAAGAUGAUCCGAAACCCCAACAGCCUCAAAGCCAUGGCGCCCCUAUCCUCUGGCAUCAACCUGCCACUGCUGGACCGCACGAUCCCUGACUACACCAGCUUUAACACGGUGGAUGAGUGGCUGGAAGCCAUCAAGAUGGGCCAGUACAAGGAGAGCUUUGCCAGCGCCGGCUUCACCUCCUUCGACGUUGUAUCUCAGAUGAUGAUGGAGGACAUUCUCCGGGUUGGGGUCACCCUAGCCGGCCACCAGAAAAAAAUCCUGAACAGUAUCCAGGUGAUGCGGGCCCAGAUGAACCAGAUUCAGUCUGUGGAGGUUUGACGUUCGCCUGCCUCGGCUCGCCUCUUCCUCCACGCCGCCGCCUCCUCAGCCCCGUCCGUCGGUCCCUCUGCUGCCCUGUCCACUGCAGGGCCAGCCACCUGCCCGGAGGCCACAAGGCAACAGGAAGAACCAAGUAGCAGCACUCUAGCCAACGAGACGACACCAAGAACCCAUGCAAGUCAAAGGAAUGAAAAGGGAAUGGGGGGAACACGCACCUAGAUCUGGGAGGGGGCGGGACAGGCAAGGACCAUUUGUUCAAAGAGGAUUCUCAUAAGGAGAGCAGUGAUGGUUCUUAGGGGAGAAAAGAACAGGGCUUGGGAGAUCCACAGGAUAUGUCCCAUUGGAAGCCAGACGCCUUCUCUCUCCAACUCCUUCUGGGAAGGUUGAGCUGGCCAGAGCCAAGAAACAUUUCCAGGAAAAUUAAUAUGAAGGGAAGAGAUGGGCCACCCUCCUCGCCUGGCCUUAGCUGUUUCUUGGAGCAUCACUAACGGCCCAGCCCUAGGCACGACGGGCAGAGAGAACAGGCAGCUGCCCCAGAUAGGGGAAGUCCAUUCCAGCUGCCACCAGCAGACAGGAGAACAGUUCUGUCUUGGGAGACCAUUUCAAAAACUCUGAGAGACUUUCUGCUAACGGUUCAGGAGGCAGAAGAGGAGAUCCUGGCCUCCCAGGGCACACUGAACAGGCCAGAUCUUCCUGAGGCCAGCCACCCAGAUCUGCGGCCGCAGGAGGCCCUGCCCUUCCCCGGGUGCCAGCUCCCCGCUCAGCCUCACCCUGAGGACGAUGCUGCGGGUGACCUGUCAUCAGCUACGACUGCCACUGAGAAGCAUUGAUCUUGGAUCUGGGUUUGUUUACAGCGAUUUGUGGACUGGGGGUAUUUUGAUCGGGGUGGCUUUGGUCUGGGGAGGGUUUGUUUGUUGGGUUUUUUUAAAUGACAAUGAAGAGACACUUUGACAUUUCCUACCUUUUGAGGACUUGAUCCUUCUCCAGGAAGAAGGUGCUUUCUGCUUACUGACUUAGGCAAUACACCAAGGGCGAGAUUUUAUAUGCACAUUUCUGGAUUUUUAUAUGCUUUUCAUUGACACCCCUCCCUCCUCCCAACUGCUGCCAGGCCUCACCAAAGCCAACUGUCACAGGGCCACCCGGGCCAUUCAGAGACCUCAGUGAGACUGGGGGAGUGGAAAGAGUUGUACCAAGCAUCCCACCUUGGAAAGCAGGCUGGGGCGGAUGAGGACUCCGAGGCCCCAAGUCCUCCCUGCCUCCCUGCGCACUCUCAAGCUCUCUGCCCUGUUCUAUCCGGUACUUUGCAGGCACAGAGGCCCCUUCAGGUUCCUGGGUGCUCUCCAAUGGCCAAAACCCAAUUUCACCUCUGGGAGCCUGGACCAGGCAACCAGGGACGUCAGGACCCUGAUCAUUCACUGUGACACCCCAGCCCUCCAAGGGUACCCCCCGGAGACCAUGUGACUCUCUCUCCCCACUCCUUCUUUCCCUGAGGCCUUUGCCCAGGUCUGAAGGUCUUGGCCAGAGGAACAUCAUCAGCCAAGGGGUCUGGCCACAGAGUCUCCUGUGAGCAAAUGCAGGAACCUGAGCAGAACAAUCGGUUAGUGAGUUGAAUGGAAAUAAAUGCUUUAGUUAUAAAAUGACCCCUGUACUCUGUAAGUGCCAAGAAAAGACCCUGGCACUUUUGGGACCUGCCAAAUGACUUUUAAUGCUCUUGCAAGGGGCUCUUCCCAUUCCCCCAUGCUACCCACCCCCAUUCCAAGAUCCAAAAGGCCCAGACUGAGGAAACUCAUAGAGGGAAGGGGAAAUGUAGCCUUCCUAGCCCAGGGUAAUCAGAAGCACAGGCAGGCAAUGGAUUGGCUCAGCUCUGUGUGUACAAUGCCUGGCACAGUGAGCCGCACAGCAGAUGCGUAAGAAGCAAGGGUGCACACAAGAUUCUCAGUAUCACCCUGCCAGAGGACAGGGACUAUGGGUAUUGGGUGAGCUGUGGUCCGGUGGUUGUGAUAUGGGGCCUGUGGACCCCCACUCAGCCACAGAUGUAAUCCCUUCACCCACACAGUGCUGCUUCCUGUGCUAAGGGCUCGGACUUACUGUGUGUGUGUGUGUGUGUGUGUGUGUGUGUGUGUGUGUGUGUGUGUGUGUGUGUCUGCGUCUGCGUGUUCAGUAGGAAGAGGCAGGAAGUAUGUGUGCUGCAGAUAAGUCUGUCAAAGGGGGGAGGUAGCCUAGGGACACCUCAUCUCAGGACCUUUCCCUUUGUCUGAUGAGCAUCUUUGAGGAACCUGGCCAGUGGGGAAGACUGCGGCCACAGGGCACCAACAAAAGGCCCCCGCAGUCAGCAAGGCCAUCAUAACCCAGCCUGUCAUCUGUCAUUCACCUGUUCUUAGAGCAGAGGGAGGGAAGGGAUUAGCGAGAAGACUUGUCCCUGGGGUGGGGACAGUGGGGCUGGCCACAGGGGAAGUAUUGGCAAGUUUCCCGCAAAGCGGCCCACGGUGGCCCAUUGGCCAUCCCUUUAUGCCCCAAAGACGCCCAGCUCGGACGGCAGCUGUCCCGGCUCGCAAGGUCACCUUCUGGUGGGAGCUGCCCCGAUGCUCUGUAGAUUAACUGUCCCCCCAGCCCACCUCCCACCGCUCCAGGGCCCCGCGAGGCCUGGCAGUCAGUGUUUCCGUCAGAUGGCUUCCUGUCUUGAGCCAGUAGGCUGGUGUCUCCUAGCCAGCUCGCCUGCUCACCCACCCUCUAGCGCCCGGCGUGUUCACGGAGAGGCCUGGGACUCCACAUACCUGCUUUCAGAAUUUACAGGUGCUGUCCAGCCCCUCCGUCUCCUCUCCAGGGUGUCAGACGGACAUCACUGUGGCUGUCCUGGGUAUAGGCACUGCCCCUGCUCAAUCAUGGGGCAGUGUCCUCCCCCACAUCUCGAUGACUGCUCAUCAGGGAGUGGUAGGCCCUGCUGCCAAGCGCCUGCCACUAAGGCUGCCCGCUCACGUGGGCACACAGCUUGGAGCUAUCUGCUGCCUAGCUACUAAUCCCUUCCUGGCUCUGCCUCCCCAAGCACCAGCUCCCACCUGCCCGGCAUCAGGAGCCGCUUCCGGCCGCUCAGUGCAGGCUUGAUCCUUGAGGGAAGAAAGCUGUCUUGUGAACCUAAGCCAGGGCACCGUGGAAAUGGGGCCAGCUGCUCCGGGAGAGUAGGACUGGCAGAGCCACACUAAGUAAGAGGGAGCUGUGCCCGCACCCCAGGAGCUCCCCGAUAGGCAGUUAGUGGUAUCAACAGGCCUGUUCCUGAGAUGAUAUUGAAGGUGUCCUGCUGGCAGGUUGGUAGAGUGCUUGCCCGGAAUGCACAGGCCCCAGGUCCCAUCCCCAGCACUACAUAAACCAGAUAUGGGAACAUAGGACGUAAACUCAAUACUCAGGAGGUCGAGGCAGGAGGAUCCGAAGUUCAAUGUCAUCCUGAGCUACUUAGUGAGUUCAAAGCCAGCCUGGGACACAUGAAAUCCUGUCUCUUGGAGGGAAAAAAGUUACCUGGGAAAUCAUGGGCAAGACAGAUUUCAGUAGCAGAGGACACUUAGGCAAUCUACUUACCAGCUGGGCCUCAUGCCCACCCUUUCUAGUAUGCAGAGCACCACCCACUCUGACUGCCUGAGAGUUCAAUGCUGCCCCCUUGUGGGCAUUCACUAACCUUGCACCACCUCUGCAGAAGCUCAGGAAGGACUCCCACCCCAGAUCACACUACCCACCCCAGAUCACACUACCCACC